AUGGAAACAUGCAAGAAAUCUCCUUUGAAGCCAUGGAAGAAAGGACCAACAAGGGGCAAAGGUGGCCCCCAAAAUGCAUCGUGUGAGUAUCGAGGCGUUCGUCAAAGAACAUGGGGAAAAUGGGUUGCCGAGAUAAGAGAGCCAAAGAAGAGAACUAGGCUAUGGCUUGGUUCUUUUGCCACAGCUGAAGAAGCUGCUAUGGCUUACGAUGAGGCUGCAAGGAGACUCUAUGGACCAGAUGCAUACCUUAAUCUUCCUCACCUGCAACCUCAUUCUAUUUCGACGAUCAAAACUGGAAAGUUCAAGUGGUUGCCUUCGAAGAAUUUCAUUUCGAUGUUUCCUUCUUGUGGAUUACUCAAUGUAAAUGCUCAACCUAGUGUUCAUUUAAUCCAUCAGAGGCUACAAGAGUUUAAGCAGAAUGCAGUUGCUGCAAGUCAAUCAUUUUCUAGUGCUUCGGAUGAUCCAAAGACGGAAGAAACUCAGAAUGUACUAGGCAGUGAGAAGAAUCAUGCAAUUCAGAAUGUACUAGACAGCAAUAAGAAUCAUGCAAUUCAGAAUGUACUGGACAGCAAAAAGAAUCAUGAAGAUGAUCCUCCAAAGGAAAAAGAUGCUCAGACAUCGGUGAAUAAGACGGUUGGAAAUCUUCAGGAGAAACCACAGAUAGACCUGCAUGAGUUUCUUCAACAGCUGGGAAUACUGAAAGAAGAAACGCACUCCUCAGAGCAAACUGAGAGUUCAGGAAGUUCAACAGUGCAUGAAGCUGUGUCAAGAGAUGACAAUGAUCAGUUGGGAAUAUUUUCAGACAUGAAUAUUAAUUGGGAGGCAUUGAUGGACAUGCAUGGAAUUGAAGGUAUUCAGGAAUCAGAAACCACCCAGCUUGAAGCAGUUGACCCAAAUGACCACCUUAAUUUCUCAACUUCCAUUUGGAAUUUUUAA